AACAUAACCUCAACUACCUUAUUGUUAUUAUUGAUGUUUCAGCGUUUUUAUUAUAGUGUAAUUUCCUAAAAUAUGGCAAAUAAUUUAACAUACGUUCAAUUAUCCUCCUGUGUAAAUCCGAGUUUUUGGAAUAAACUAACAGAAUUAAAAUUAAAUGUGGAUAAAUUGGAUGAAGCAAGUCGAAAUAUAUGGGGUUAUUUUACAAAUUUAAAUAAGGAUUGUGUUAAUUCUAUUUUGGAAGUAGACAGCACAUCGUAUAAUGAAAAUUUUAACGAUCAAAAGCUUUACAUACCUUUUCAUGGGAAAAUAUUGAACAAAAACACCAUAGAGCAGUUUAAAGAAUGUAAUAAGACAGAUUUGAUAAAUUUGGAAGGUAAAACAUUGCUGGAAAGUAUUAAAAAUGGUGAAGUUAUUAAAGACCCUUCGCUUUUAAAUGUGUUUAGUAUUUUGUGUUUUGCUGAUCUUAAGAAAUAUCAUUAUUAUUAUUGGUUUUCUUUCCCAGUGUUAAAAGAUGUUAUUAUUGAAAAAGGAGAGGAAAUUUUUUUAAGUAAUAAGUUUACAACUGAAAAUAUAUAUAAGUUAUACAAUGAUUUUUCUGCUUUAACUGCAAACCAAAAAUCAUAUUUUAUUGUAGAAUAUGCUAGUGAUGAAUUAAAGUUACAUAAAUUAGAAGACAAAUUAAAUUAUAUUACUUUUGAGAAUCAUACACAAUAUUAUUUUGCAUUUUAUAAUAUUUCCAGCAAUAACAUUCCUGGUUCACAAUUAAGAAACUAUGUGGCAUUAAUAUUGCAUUAUUGCCCUUUUCUUGAGGAAGAAACACAAAAUUUUAUAGCAUUUAUAUUGAGUAGAGAGGGAAGUAAAGUGACUUGCAAAGAUAGUACAGUGUUUGAGUUAAAAUUACCUAAAGCUGACCAUGGUCAGAAUUGGGUUGGUUGGGAAAAAAAUGAAAGGGAUAAAAUGGGGCCAAAAUUGGCCAACAUGAAGAAUACUUUGGACCCCAACAAAUUGGCAGAUGAUGCAGUAGAUUUAAAUUUAAAACUAAUGAAGUGGAGAAUAAUGCCUAAUAUUGAUUUAGAAAUUGUAAAAAAUUCAAAAUGUUUGUUACUCGGAUCAGGGACAUUGGGUUGUUCAGUAGCAAGAACUUUGUUGGCUUGGGGUGUGAGAAUAAUAACAUUUGUGGACAAUUCCACAGUAUCUUUUUCCAACCCUGUUAGACAAAGUUUAUUUACAUUUCAAGAUUCGGUAGAUAUGAAGCCAAAAUCCAAAGCAGCAGCAGACAAUUUGAAGAAAAUAUUUCCUGGAGUGAUUGCAACAGGACACCAACUAAAUAUCCCAAUGCCAGGUCACAGCGUAGGUGAAAGUAUGUUAGAACAAGUGAGGGAAAACGUGAAGAAAUUGGACAAUUUAAUUGAAGAAAACGACAUCAUUUUCUUGCUAAUGGACUCGAGGGAGAGCAGAUGGUUGCCUACUCUAUUAGGAUCACACCACAAUAAAAUUGUUAUUAAUGCUGCCCUGGGUUUCGAUACCUACUUGGUAAUGAGACAUGGAACAUUUAAUGAAAAUCUAACUGAAACUCAUUCAACAUGCCCUGAAGGUUUCAGGACUAUUUCCGGAAAUCGUCUGGGAUGUUAUUUUUGUAAUGAUAUUACUGCACCUGGAAAUUCAAUGAAAGAUAGAACUUUAGAUCAACAAUGCACUGUUACACGACCUGGAGUUUCGCAAAUUGCUGGCGCCCUAGCUGUAGAAUUGGCUGUUUCAGUAUUGCAACAUUCUCAAAGAAAUAGUGCGCCCGCAUUUUACCAGAUAACCAACAAAGCGGCCGAAUUGGGUUGCGAAAUUGAAAACCAGUGCGUAUUAGGGCUGAUUCCGCACACAGUGCGAGGAUUUUUAUCAUCGUUCAACCAAGUUUUACCAGCCACCGAAAAGUUCAAACAAUGCGUAGCCUGUUCUACCACUGUCGUGGAGGAAUAUCGAAAAAAUGGUUUCGAAUUUUUGCUUCAAGUUUUUAACAGUUCCAAGUUUUUAGAGGAUCUCACUGGGCUUUCGGAGAUGUUCAAGGAAACUGAGUGUGUUGAUGUUUGGGACUUAAGUGAUGAUGAAGACGAAUAAUUUGAAAUAUUUGUACAAUAUUAUACGCUUUAUAUUAUAUUAAAAAAU